AUGGAUCCGGCGGUUAGGGAAAGCGUUUCGCGUAUUCCACUGCUCAAAACUAAAGCUGGUCCUCGUGAUGGGGAACAAUGGACGCAACGACUAAAGGAAGAGUAUACUUCUCUUAUUCAGUUCGUGGAGAACAAUAAAGCGAGUGAUAACCAUUGGUUUAAGCUCGAGAGCAAUGAGGCAGGAACCCGGUGGUACGGGACAUGCUGGACGUACUAUAAGAAUGAAAGAUAUGAGUUUAAUAUGAACUUUGACCUCGCUGUAACAUACCCUCAAGCACCACCAGAGAUUGCUUUACCAGAACUGGAGGGUAAAACAGUGAAAAUGUACCGUGGUGGUAAAAUUUGCAUGACGACGCACUUUUUCCCACUAUGGGCUCGGAAUGUCCCUUAUUUUGGCAUCAGUCAUGCACUCGCAUUAGGAUUGGGUCCGUGGUUAUCCAUUGAGGUACCGGCGAUGGUGGAGGAUGGGGUUCUUAAACCCAAAAAAGUGGAAAGUUAG